UUGCUCUCUCUGUAUGGUACGUGGAUCUCCCUCCAGUGUGGCAGGGAAGGAGUAGCCCGGAUCCGCCCCGCCCGCUCACUUUACGUUGCUCGUGGUUCAGGCCGGACGGGGCAGUGAGCUGCGUGUCCCGGUGGCAGAGCGUCGUGUCUGGAGAGGCGGCCGGGCAGGAGCUUUGAAGGUUGACAGAGGAUGGAAUUAUUGCCAUGUCUUUGGGACGGCUUCUUCGGCGUGCUUCCUCCAAGGCCUCCGACCUCCUGACCCUUGGCUCUGACGGAGAAACAACCACUGUACUGGAUGGAGAGAUUAUAUUCUCAAAAAAUAAUGUGUGUGUACACCCUCGAGAGAUACUACAGGAUGUUUCAUCACACCAUCCAGGAUACUUAUGUGUCUACAUGGAGAAAGAUGAGUCUCUGGGUGCCACCUUGAUUUUGGCCUGGGUUCCUAACUCUCGCAUCCAGCGUCAGGAUGAAGAGGCCUUGCGUUACAUUACACCUGAGAGUUCCCCUGUCCGAAAAGUUCAACGAAAAAGAAAUCGGCACCUUCCAAAAGCUGCCCCUUCCCCGUCUCAAAAACCGUCCACAAUUACCAAAGAAAACACAGGAGACAGCCCAGGACAGAAUGCUGCUGGAUCUCCUGGAGAGCAGGAUACCUUUGAUGUCUCUGCAGAGGGGACAGGGGAUGUUGUAGAGCAAGGCGAAGAUGAAAGGUCUCUGGACAUAUCUUCUGAUGAAGUGAGCAAAGACAGCCCUUUGGACUCAGAUUCUGAUGCAUUUUCUUCCCCCUUUUGUCUGUCCCCUAUAAGCGAAGCUCUGGCAGAAAGCACUGGUUCUGUUUUUUUGGAGAAUGAGAUAAGGCAAGAUGCUGACAGUCACAUGACCUGCUAUGCAUCCAGCCCCGAAGCCAACUUCCAGUACAGAGAGAUGAACGGUCGUGGAACCCCAGCCAAAUGGGAGGAACAGCAGAAACUCUUGGCACUUGAGCAGACAUGUGGAGUGUUCAGAGUGGACUUGGGUCAUAUGCGUUCACUGCGCCUCUUCUUUAGCGAUGAAGCUUGUACCAGUGGACAGUUGGUGAUAGCCAGCAGAGAAAGUCAGUACAAAGUUUUUCAUUUCCAUCAUGGAGGACUGGGAAAACUAUCUGAAGUGUUCCAAAAGUGGAAGUACUGCCAGGAGACACAGGUCAAGGAGCAGCAGGUAUCAGAGGACAAGACAUGUCUCCACUUCUCAAUUCAGAGGCCCAAUCUACCCUCUGCUGAAUCUCAUCCUGAAGAGGGCAUGUACCAGAAACUUCAUGUUACUCUAUGGUUGCAACAUUUCAAUGAUGUUGGACAGGUGGAGGAAGAGUACAAACUGCGCAAGGCAAUAUUUUUUGGUGGCAUUGAGCCAUCCUUGAGGGGGGAAGUGUGGCCAUUCCUUCUGGGAUACUACAACUGGGAGUCGACAUCUGAGGAGCGUGAAUCUCUGCGGGUUCAGAGAAGAGAGGAAUAUGCUCAGAUACAGAAUAAAAGAGUAUCCAUGAGCCCUGAUGCUCAGAAAGAUUUCUGGAGAAAUGUUCAGUUCACAGUGGAUAAGGAUGUUGUGAGGACAGACCGGAGUAACCAGUUCUUCAGAGGAGAGGACAAUCCCAAUGUGGAGGCUAUGAGGAGGAUCCUGUUGAACUAUGCCGUGUACUGCCCUGGAGUUGGUUACUCUCAAGGAAUGUCAGAUCUGGUGGCACCACUGUUGGCAGAGAUCCUGGAUGAGUCUGACACCUUCUGGUGUUUUGUAGGCCUUAUGCAGAACACAAUUUUUAUCAGCUCGCCCUGUGACGAGGACAUGGAAAAGCAGUUAAUGUAUCUUCGUGAGUUACUGCGUCUUGUUUAUCCUUGUUUUUACCAACAUUUGCUGUCUCUUGGAGAAGAUGGUCUCCAGAUGCUGUUCUGUCACCGAUGGAUGCUGCUUUGCUUCAAGAGAGAAUUUCCAGACUCUGAGGCCCUCAGGAUGUGGGAAGCAUGCUGGGCUCAUUAUCAGACAGAUUAUUUCCACCUUUUCCUCUGCGUUGCAAUUAUUGUCCUGUAUGGAGAUGGUGUCAUUGAGCAGCAGUUGCCAACAGACCAGAUGUUGCUACAUUUCAGUAACUUGGCCAUGCAUAUGAAUGGGGAUCUGGUUCUUAAAAAGGCAAGAAGUUUGCUUUACAAGUUUCGCCUUUUGCCUAAAAUUCCAUGCAGUCUACAUGACUUGUGCAAGUUGUGUGGGUCAGGCAUGUGGGACAGUGGUUAUAUGCCACCAGUGGAAUGUACAGGACAACACCCAGAAUCCAACAACUGUCUAUAUGGUGGCACUGUAGCAGAGCCGGCUCCCAGCCUUCAAAAACACACCAAGAAGAGACACAAAUCACUUGAAGUUUUUACCUUCAGGAAAUAAAAAGCCAGGUUACAGUUG